CUUGAAGAAUGUCACACUGAUGCCUCUAGCUUAAAUGCGGACAGAUUUGUCAGUCUAAAAGUGUAACGAUGAACAUAUUGGUGUGUUUGAUUUGGUUGGCAUUAACCGGCGUCGUAGCCGGUGACCCGUGCACAAGCCACGGAACAUUAGAUGACGUACAUCGUAGUACAGAUUAUCAAGUAAAAGAUCCACAGUAUGAAUAUAUGAUAUGUGACAGGAGUAUAAAUCAUACGUGGUAUAAGUUUAGCAAAGGUAAGACAAUGCCAGACCAUUGUGUACACACAUAUUACUGUGGAACCCAUAUCCCAAUUUGGUUAAAGGGGACACAUCCAAGCCAGUCAGAUGGUAUUGUAACCAGGAACGUUUGCGGUGCCAGUGUAGAUGAUAGCGACUGUUGUCAGUACCAAGAUACGAUUCGGGUGAAGAAUUGUGGAGCUUUCUUUGUGUAUGAACUUAAACCGACAAGAGGGUGUUCUAGGGCAUAUUGCGCUGGUACUGGGAAAGCAUGUCCUACCGGACAGUGGUCGCCAACAGGACUUCAACCCGGGUGUCGAGAUAUGUUUCCACUAAUGACAAAGUCACCAACACUCUCCAAUCCAAUCGUUAAAUCGGAUACGUUUGAAUUCAGCUGUCAUAUCAAUUUCGAUCCAUCAAGAUCUGAUGUUGGUUUCUAUGUCAGUUGGCUGUUUGACAACAAAACAGAUCCUAAUGUACCUGAUACUAAAAUAACUGGCCUUGAUCGCAAUGUUCUGCUCGACCAGAAGUAUUUAAAGUAUCAUCUGGGGAAAACGCUAAGCUGUAUUGCUCAAUCCUAUUUUCUGACAACGCCAUUCAAUAGAGGACCGUCUUUGACUAGCAAUGGCUACUGGUGUGGCAUAAAGUUCUCGAACACGAGUCUGACGGUGGGAGAAAACGAGCCGGCAAAAAAAGUUAAAAUGAUAUCGACGAUCCCAAUUGUUUGCAAACGAGCGGCACAACUGUCCUGCAGGCUUGAUAUUUACUUGCAAAACAACAAACGUGAUGCGAGAUUUACUAAAUGCACCCAGACCCUUACCCAUUCUGAUUGGAACAGCAACACACUAGAGGCAGUCACGGAAUUCGAAGUUCUAGCUGAAAGAGAUUCCAAAAACGAUAAGGACAAAACUUUAGCUAUCCACUUUGAAAUGAUUAAUACAGCUGACGGGCCGGACAUAUUUAACAACUAUACGUUGCCAUUUCUGACGGUACACACCAUUGAUAAAGAAACAGCAAUGUGCCAAUGUACAAAUGAUCCAUGGUGCCAGACAUUUGACUCUGAAUUCCAGAAAUAUGGGAACUCAGCACCAUUCUACAGUCUACAACUAACCGGAGAGUUUACCAUGUAUACAAGCACCGUUCCAAAUCGUUUAUUUAAAACAGAAAUUCGAACAAGUACGUGUGGUAUGGAAACAGGAUCGUGCAUUUGUGCAGUUGCAGCUCAGGAAGGCAACGACGUUGUUGUGAUUGAUAUGUGUCACGGACAUUACGGACAUUCGUAUCCGCAGCUGACAAUCCCAAACAAAAACCAGGGAAUGGUAGUUAAUCGUGAUUCAGCCGGAAAAGAAUUUCUGGUUGAUUUUCCAUCCGGCGCUCAGGUUCACGCUAGCAUUUAUAAUGGGACAGCAUUAACAGUCAUGGUCACGGCUCCAGAAGAAGACUACACGGCGACUGCGGGACUCUGUGGAACGUUUGAUAAAAAUGUUCGAAAUGAUUUCAAACGUAAAUCUGGUCAAGUUGAUGCUUUUUCAAAAUAUCCGACUGCUUUCAUUGAGUCUUGGAGAAUCCCAGUUGGAUCGUCAAUAUUUGACAAUAAGUACAACAUUCCCGCUGAUCCAAAAUAUGAUAACAACAUUUAUUAUUGCGACUGCAACAACAAUAAACAUCAAGUUAAAUGCCAGAUAAGUAAAGGAUCAUUACCAGCUGUUCAGGCCAGAUGUCCAACGUGCACAACUACCGUGACUUCUACACAAGGUAGUACACAAAGCGGAAGAAAGAAGCGAGCGACAGUUCAGACUGAUAAUUCACCUACCAACUAUUUCUUUGAUUAUGGUCUUGGUCAUCAAGCGAUACAAAAGUAUUUUCCAACACCACGUGGUAUUACACGAGCGGAUGCAGAGAUGUCGUGUAAGAAAGCAUUUAGUCAAAGCUCAACUGUUGACCAGUGCAAGACACAUGCUAGUAUCAUGUCUGAUUCCCAUCUGGAAAUGUGUGUAGAAGACCUCAAGUAUUCUGACGAUAAAUCGUUUAUUCGGAUGGCUUUGGAUGCUGCUGUAACAUCUUGUAGUUCGAAAAUACUCAAGAACAUAACAUUAUAUGAUAGCCAUGGGAAACCACCAGCAUUUAUCACCACCGAACUGUGUCCGGGUGACUGUUCUGGACACGGGACUUGCAAGAGUGGAACAUGUCUUUGUGACUUUGGCUACUAUGGGGACAGUUGUGAAAUUGACUCUCAUGAACCGCCCCAUUUAUACUACUAUGCGAGCGCUGUAGCAGAGGACUCGGUAUUGUGUGACGUCACAAUGAGACCGUGUGAGGUUGCAUAUAUGGCAGGGAAUAAUUUCUACAACAAUUCGCGCUUAUCGUGCAAAGUUAUGGAGUUAAAGUUCGACGGUACGGCAUUUGCUGUAACAGGGAAUCAUUAUACCACUGGUGUGAUUUACAAUAACAUGUAUAAUGUUGGUUGUAAACUACCCCUGAAAUCUUCAGUAGGAGGACACACAGUGAUAGGCUUCAAUGUUUCUAUUUCUAAUGAUGGAAGAUUCUACAGCAAUGAUGUAAAGGUCAUCAGAAUCGACUCGUCCUGUAUGACAUGUGAUGAUCAUGGCGUCUCAUGUCAAAUUGUGGACCAUACAUGUUUGAUUGACGGUAACUGUCGGCGCGCAGGAGAAUCUAAUUCAGAAAACAAGAACCAGAUAUGUGACCCAUCAAGAAGCAAACAGUCUUGGACAAACGCCGAUAACACACUUCCCAUUGUAAAGCCUUCCGAAAGACCGACAGCACCACUCGGAGGUGUAAGACUCAAACGGUUCGACAUAUGGACAACAUCGAAGACCGGAUGUAAAUGUGCGCAUGACCAAGCAGACAACAACUGUGCUUGCUGCGAUGAAGGCGGUUGUCAAUGCCCUGCUCCAAACCAACAUCAGUGCGCGGUUUGUGGAAAUAUGACUACGUGUGGAACUCCACAACCUGCACCGGACAUGGGAUUAGAUGGUUACACUCUCGCUCUAGCAGACUGCACGUGCUUGUUCGACACCACCAAGUACAACUGUGCAUGUUGUCAAAACCACGAAAGUUGUCAGUGUGGCGCCGAACACAAAAACCAAUGUGUUGACUGCAAACACAUGGAUCAGUGUGGAAAGAAGCCAUGGAUCUUCGGACCGCCGAUACCACUUCAAGAUUAGAAAGGACACAGAGGUGUAUUGUUUUAAUGUCUAGUUUCAUUAAUUAAAACAGAAAAGUAAAAUGGAUUUCUAAGA